AUGGAUGACUUUCUACAUACCCAGACUGUGGCCUACCACGUGGCGCUGGAGCUCAAUAUGGCAACCUCCAGGUCAUCAUUCCCAAUGGAACUAGACCAAGCCACACUAGAGCGCAUAAGCAGGGAAUUGAGAGCCCUGGCAACCUCCAUGGUCACAAGGCAAGAUAUGAAGGAUCUCACCACUACACUCACAGAGACGCUGCGGCCUGAGAUAGCCCAAAUACACACAGAAGUGACAUCCCAGGGGGCCAGGUUACAAUACUUGGACACCGCAACAAAAGACACAGCAAACAAAAUGGCAGCAACAAACCUGGCCAUAUCGCGGCAGGGCGCCUUGCUACUAGACAUGAGGCGACCAUUAGAAGAUUUAGACAAUCGUGGCCGCAGGGGUAACAUAAGGAAUGCGGAGUACCGGAACCUGGAGGGGAAGAGGAG